AUGGCGCUCCUCGGUCGCCUCGAGCUCGACCAGAUUGAGCAACAAUUGAACAGCUUCAAGUUGACGGAACUGCAGCCUCUGAUUGCCGAAUUGGGCGGUGCGAAGUUUGGAAAAAAAGGCGAGCUGAUCACGCGGAUCAUGGCCUUCGUAAGGGAUCCGGUGCGGCAGCAGCGUUCUAUGCAAUUGGUCAGAAGCUACCAGAACAGGUCGAUGCGCCCGGGGCCGCCGGUAGCUAUGGGUAAUCGAUACGGUGGCUAUAGCAUGCCUGGAUUUUCCGGCGGCGCCUACCAAGGUUAUGCGGGGCACGCUGCGAUGCAACGAGCCGGAGGGACGGUGAAGUACCUCCAAAACUUUCAAGCCGUGUCAUUGCCGUUCUUCGAUGUCGUGGAGCGUCUUCUGCCUGCCGUCGAAUUGUCUGCAUGCUCGCCUGUUCACCAGAAAAUCAGCACAACGCAAGCCGCGGCAUUCACCAUCCCUCAAAAUUACGCUCAAUCGCUCUCGUACAGAGGAAUCGAUACAUAUCCGCUGCCUCGUCAUGAAGUCCAAAUGAGGUUUUUCCUGCUCAAUGAAAACUGGCAGAACAACCCUCAAAACGACGAGUUUCCACUGAAUUGCUCUGUUCGCGUCAACGACUUCAACGUUCCUCUUCCGCCCAUCAUUCCGAGCAACCGGCAGAAUCAAGAGCCAAAACGUCCAUCGCGGCCACUCAACAUUACACCGGCAAUCCAGCAAACCGGUCACAUCCAUCAAACACCAUAUCAAGUAAGGGUGGAAUGGCUGGCCGAUAAGCGCGUCUGGGCCUUUGAGGUCAAUUUGGUGUAUCGUGUAAAUUCAAAGAUUUUGAUCGAGCGCUUGACGAAUGACUCGGCACGCUUGCAGGCCGCUGAAUCUACUAAACAGGUGAUCAUCCGGCGUCUGUCCAACGGUGACGACGAUGUUUGUCUGACUACCAUGAAGGCCAGCAUCAAGUGUCCGCUAACGCGUACAAGAUUGAGGACGCCAGUGCGUUGCCGCGACUGCGAUCAUCUUCAGUGCUUUGACCUGGAGAAUUACAUCCAGAUGAACGAGAAGAAGCCGACGUGGAAAUGUCCGGUCUGCCCGCGCCUGGCUCCCUUUUCACGGCUCAUUGUGGAUGGUUAUUUCGUGGAUGUGUUGAAGGAGACUAGGAACGAGGUGGAAGAGGUAGAGUUGCUGAGUGACGGUGGCUGGAAAGUGCUUAGCGAGAGCGUGGCCGAGGAAUUGUCGGACGACGAUGAUGAUGACAGCUUUCACCUCGCCAGCAAUUCCGAAGCUAAAACCGUGCGGGAUUCGACGGACUCGGCGCCGCCGCCAAAUAAGAAGGCUAAAGCUAUGGACGAAAUCAUCACCUUGGAAGAUUCGGAUGAAGAUGACGAUCUUGUGCGUGCCACUCAAGCGUCGCUUGAAACGGCUACUGCUGCCCCUCGCGUCGAGAAGCCGGCAGCCGCGCCGGUUUCUGCGUCGCCGAGCGUAUCAUCUCCAAGCGAACCUACCUCGUCGUCUUCGGUGAUAGCUGCUGCACCGCCACCCACCACGCCAACUCGCAAGGAGAUUGAGAUCAUCACCCUCGACGACACCCCGCCAAGGUCUGCAGCCAAUCGGGUUUCCCCGGGCCUUCGUUCACAGAGCACAGAUCACUCCGCCGCCGGCUCCUCCAACCCUCAGACCCCGGCCACAAACGACAUCAAGGGGGCACCGGCCUCUGUCAGCACAAGCUCACCGUAUUCCCCAGCGGCAGGAACUCCCAACCCACCCGGGGCUUUUUUCGCGCCAUAUCAACCGUUCGCGGUCCAGGGUUUUCAGGAUAACGUCUACGACGAGCGGGUGCAGCUAGCAAAUGUACGCAGGAUCAUGAGCGGCGGCGAGCCGUCGAUGUACAACGCGGGUGGCCCGGCACUGCAUGAUCCCAAUCAGGCUGCCUACGCACAAGCAAUGGCUCAAAUGAGCAACAACCGCCCGCCAGCCAUGGGUCCGAUGGCGCACUGGGCUCAAUUCUACUCGACGGGUAAUGGGCGUGGGCAGCUGCCGAAUGGAACCCAUCCCCCAAUCGGUCCCCCCUACCCUGGAUACCACGGCUACAACAACGGGUUGAUUCCGGUGAAUGGAAUGAUGACGGGCAUCGACGCG